AAGGUCUUCUUUUUUCCGUUGGUUCACCCCCCCAGUGGCUGCUCCGGCUGAUCCAAAGCCAGGAGCCAGGUGCUUCUCCUGGUCUCCCAUGCGGGUGCAGGACCCAAGGACUUGGGCCAUCCUCCACUGCACUCCCGGGCCAUAACAGAGAGCUGGCCUGGAAGAGGAGCAACUGGGACAGAAUGCGGCUCUCCGACCGGGAUUAGAACCCGGUGUGCCGGCGCCGCAGGUGGAGGAUUAGCCUGUUGAGCCGCUGCACUGGCCAAAAACUUCAGUCUAAAACCAAAAAAUAUUUUUAAGAAUGCAAACUUAGAGAAUAACCAAAAAGUAGGGGUUUAACCUCAAGGGGUGCUUAUUGAAGUCUGCUAGUUUGCACACAUGUCCCCAAGGAGGGUCCACCAACCUGGGCACAACAUGGCUGCUUUGGACUGCUGAUAAGAAAUUCAUGGAAAGUGGUGUUACAAGAUAAGUUUAUUUUGGUGCAAAGAUUCUUUGAAACCAUGUGUAGUUUUUCAUAAUAGACAUUUUCUAUGAACUUUGUGAAGAUCCCUCGUCCUAACACAUGAUUGUGCAAAGGUUGCCUCCUUUUUAAGUGUGAGUUUGUGAUUUCAGGCAUGCAGUUUUGAACUUUCAAUGUUAAAGAAGGAUGUCAAGAAGUAGCCACUGUUAAUUACACCCGAGUGAGGAGUAGAACACAAAGAAGGCAAUGAAACCCUGAUUUGCAAGCAUAGUUUGGACUAACGACAGAAUAUGUGUGUCCAAAUCAACUGAUGAGAACUCUGCCUGCCCUUUAGGAUUUGGUAAUUUUACCAGAUUAGAAAAAAAAGAAAGAAACAAGAAAAGCUGUUCUGCAGGAAUUCAAUAAAUAAUUAAUCAACUUGAGCUUCAAAAGGACAGCUAGGGGCUAAGAGGCUGGAGCUUACAUAAAAUGUGCAAUGGAAACAACUUUGGCAAAGUGUGUGUUUAUUUGCCUGCGUCUGCCUAAAGAGGUUUUCGCACUGCCAAGCUUCUCUUCCCAGUUCCUGGGAGUCCAGUGCCUCCCAGAGCCGCCCCUUGCCCUCAGCCCUGUAAUGUGAUCUCCCUCCUCCUGGAUUGGCCAGGGGGUGCCUCUUCCCUGGGAGCGGCUCUCAGCCACUGCUCCCAAGCUUGAUUCAGCCAGCAGCGACCACCACCACCACGGUCGCUGCUGGUGCUGCUGCAGCAGUUGCUGCUGCUCCUGCCUGCUGCUCUGCCUGCCUGCGGUGGAUGGAGCCAUGGAGCCCAGACUGCUCUGCUUGGCCACCUGCUUUCUCCUGGCUGCCCGGUGCCUGCAGGGGCUGCCCUGCCCCAGCCGGUGCCUUUGCUUUAAGAGCACCGUCCGCUGCAUGCACUUGAUGCUGGACCACAUUCCUCAGGCAGCACAGCAGACCACAGUCCUAGACUUGAGAUUUAACAGAAUAAGAGAAAUUCCAGGGAGUGCCUUUAAGAAACUCAAGAAUUUGAACACCCUUCUGCUGAACAACAAUCAAAUCAGAAAGAUUUCCAGAAAUGCAUUUGAAGGACUGGAAAAUUUGCUGUAUCUGUACCUAUACAAGAAUGAAAUUCAUGCACUAGAUAAGCAAACAUUUAAAGGCCUCAUAUCCUUGGAACAGCUGUAUAUUCAUUUCAACCAAAUAGCAACUCUACAGCCAGAGACCUUUGAAGACCUUCUGAAAUUAGAGCGGCUAUUUUUGCAUAACAACAAAUUAUCUAAAAUCCCAGCUGGGAGCUUUUCUCAUUUGGAUUCAUUAAAAAGACUGCGUCUGGACUCCAAUGCUCUGAUUUGUGACUGUGACCUUCUGUGGCUGAGGGAACUCCUACAAGGCUAUGCUCAAACUGGUCAAACCCAGGCUGCUGCCACCUGUGAAUAUCCUCAAAGACUCCAUGGGCAGUCGGUUGCUUCAGUCCCAGUGGAGCAGUUCAACUGUGAGCGUCCUCGGAUUACUUUUGAGCCCCAAGAUGUGGAGGUGACUUCAGGAAAUACUGUCUACUUCACUUGCCGGGCAGAAGGAAAUCCCAAACCUAAGAUCAUCUGGAUACAUAACAACCACUCUCUGGAUUUGGAAUACGACCCCCGACUUAACAUGUUUGAUGAUGGGACACUCAUGAUCCGAAAUGCCAGAGAGUCAGAUCAAGGGGUCUAUCAGUGCAUGGCGAGAAACUCGGCUGGGGAGGCCCACACGCACAAUGCUGUGCUGAGAUACUCCAGCCUUCCAGCCAAACCUAAUUUUGUAAUCCAGCCCCGAGAUACAGAGGUUUUAAUUGGCACCAGCACAACUUUGGAAUGUAUGGCCACAGGCCAGCCACACCCUCAUGUAACAUGGACCAGAGGCAAUGGACAGGAGCUGGAUGAGUCCAGGCAUGUGGUGACUUCCAGUGGACUUCACCUACAGAACAUCUCGCUGUGGGAUCACGGUCCAUUCACCUGCCACGCCAGCAAUAACCAAGGUUCUAUUCAAGCCACAGCAAGCAUAAUUGUACAAGCUCCUCCGCAAUUCACAAUUAUCCCUAAGGAUCAAGUUGUGCUGGAAGAUCAUGCUGUGGAAUUUCCUUGUGAAGCAGAAGGCAGUCCACGCCCAGUAAUUGUCUGGACAAAAGCAGGGAGACAGCUGUCCCUUGAAGGCCGGCAUACAGUUCUCUCCUCUGGCACUUUGAGAAUUGACCACGCGGCCCAGCACGAUCAAGGCCAAUACGAAUGCCAAGCAGUCAGUCCACUGGGAGUGAGAAAAGUGUCUGUCCAGCUGACCGUAAAACCCAAAGAUCUCCCGGUGUUUACUCAACUUCCUCAGGACAUGAGCAUUGAGGUUGGAAGGAGUAUAAACAUCUCCUGUCAUGCUCACGGAGAACCGCAGCCCAUAAUUACGUGGAGUAAGGCAGGUGUACAGAUCACUGAGAGUGGUAAGUUCCAUGUUGACAGUGGAGGCACGCUGACCAUCUAUGAUGCUGGGCAAGCUGAUCAAGGAAGAUACGAGUGUGUGGCUCGAAAUUCAUUUGGCCUUGUUGUGGCCAGUAUGUUUCUUGGAGUUACUGCAACCCAGGGUAGACAAGCUGGCGAUGACUUUGUGGAAUCAUCCAUUCUUGAUGCUGUACAGAGAGUUGACAGUGCAAUUAACUCAACACGAAGACAUUUGUUUGCACAAAAACCUCACACCCCCAGUGACCUGCUGGCUCUGUUUCGCUACCCUCGUGACCCAUUUACUGUGGAGACGGCGAGAGCGGGGGAAAUUUUUGAGCAGACCCUGCAGCUGAUUCAGGAACGUGUGAAGCAGGGGCUCACUGUUGAUCUGGAAGGCAGAGAAUUCCACUACAACGACCUGGUGUCUUCGCGAUACCUUAGCCUCAUCGCCAAUCUAUCGGGAUGCACGGCCCACAGGCAUCAGCCCAACUGCUCUGACAUGUGCUUCCACCUAAAGUACCGCAAGGCUGACGGCACUUGCAACAACCUGCGGCAGCCCGCGUGGGGAGCGGCGCACACGGCCUUCGUGCGCCUGCUGCAACCUGCAUAUGAGAACGGCCUGGGUUUGCCACGUGGUGCCGGGCGUCUUCCUGGCUCUGGCCGCCCUCCGCUCCCGCUGCCCAGGCAGGUUUCUACCGAGCUGGCUGGUGCAGCGACGGUCAGACCCGACGGCAGCUACACACACAUGCUCAUGCAGUGGGGCCAGUUUCUAGACCACGACUUGGACCACACGGUGCCUGCGCUGAGCACCGCGCGCUUCUCCGAUGGGCAGCCCUGUAGCUCUGUCUGCACCGACGACCCUCCGUGCUUCCCCAUCGCCUUCCCGCACGAUGACCCCCGGGCCGGCAGCGCAGCCUGCAUGUUCUUUGCACGCUCCAGCCCCGUGUGCGGCAGCGGCAUGACCUCCCUGAUGAUGAACUCGGUGUAUGCCCGGGAGCAGAUCAACCAGCUCACAGCCUACAUCGACGCCUCCAACGUCUACGGGAGCUCAGAGAGGGAAUCCCAGCUGCUCAGGGACCCCUCCACACCCGAGGGCCUGCUGAGGACCGGCGUGCGGUGGUCUGCCUCCGGGAAGCAUCUGCUCCCCUUUGCCACGGGACCCCCUACGGAGUGCACAGUUGGUGAUCAGGACAGCGCCAGUCCCUGCUUCCUGGCCGGUGACCACCGCGCCAACGAGCAGCUGGCUCUCACGGCCAUGCACACCCUGUGGGUCCGCGAACACAACCGGGUGGCUACCGAGCUGUCCGCGCUCAACCCGCACUGGGAUGGGGACACGGUUUACCAGGAGGCCCGGAAGGUGGUGGGCGCCGAGCUGCAGCACAUCACCUACCAGCAGUGGCUGCCCAAGAUCCUGGGGGAGCCCGGCAUGGUGCUGCUGGGGGAGUACCGGGGUUAUGACCCCAACGUGAACGCGGGAAUCUUCAACGCCUUUGCCACCGCAGCUUUUAGAUUUGGCCACACGUUGGUCAACCCCAUUCUGUAUCGGCUGAACGACACGUUUGGUGAGAUUCCCCAAGGCCACCUGCCACUGCACAAGGCUUUCUUCGCCCCGUCUAGAAUCCUGGAUGAGGGCGGGAUAGACCCCCUGCUCCGGGGCCUGUUUGGGGUGGCCGCAAAGGCGCGGGAGCCUUCUCGGCUGCUCAGCCUGGAACUCACCGAGAGGCUCUUCGCCGCCGCGCACGCCGUGGCCCUGGAUCUGGCCGCCACCAAUGUGCAAAGGGGCCGAGACCACGGCAUCCCACCCUACGGGGACUUCAGAGUCUUCUGCAACUUGACCUCCGUGGAGAGCUUUGAGGAUCUGCAACACGAAAUCAAAAAUCCUGAGAUUCGACGGAAACUGGAAAAGUUGUACAGCACUCCAGGUGACAUUGACUUGUGGCCCGCCCUUAUGGUUGAAGAUCUGAUCCCUGGGACGAGAGUGGGACCAACACUCAUGUGUCUGUUGGUCAUCCAGUUUCAACGGCUAAGAGAUGGAGAUAGGUUCUGGUAUGAAAACCCUGGCGUGUUCACCCCUGCACAACUCACUCAGCUCAAGCAAGUGUCCCUGGCCCGAGUGCUUUGUGACAACGGCGAUGACAUUCAGCAAGUCCAGGCAGACGUCUUUGUAAGGGCAGAAUACCCACAGGGUUACCUGAGCUGUAGUGACAUCCCGAAGAUGGAUUUGCGAGUGUGGCAAGACUGCUGUGCAGACUGCAGGAGUAGAGGACACCUGAGGACAUCCACUCCAGAAUCUCGAAAGAGACGCUCUACUCAAUACAGCUAUCCUGGUAAAAAACAUAUGGACUUAAGUGAUAUAAUGAUCAGGCAACAAGAUAACUUGUACGUGGAUGAAGAAACUAGAAAUGUGACACUUGCGGGAAAAACAGAUUUUGCUCGGGAUUUCAGCAACUUUGCAGUGGAUAUUCAAAAGACCAUCACAGUGCUCAGAGACCAGAUAAACAAGCUGGAGGCACGCCUGAGGCAGGCAGGAUGCACAGAUGAUAAAGGGAUUCAAAGGAAGGACCAGGAACGCUGGAUGAGAGAAGACUGCAUUAGCUGCACCUGUGAGAGUGGCCAAGUCACGUGUGUGGUGGAGAGUUGCCCCUCAACUCCAUGUUCCAGUCCUCAACUGGAGACAGGUACCUGUUGUCCAGUUUGCAGAAGAAAGCAAGGGGUGCCAACUGAUGCCCCAGAGAGGCGCUGACAAAUGCUGUCUGCUCUGGAGCUCUGAAUGGCAGAUUUCUCAGGAAGAGAAGUAGGACUUCAACGCUUUUGACCUGUAAUCGCACCUGUGGUACAGACGCCGCCGAUUCAAGAGCAAAAUUGUUCAUUUAAACCUUAGCCACUCUGAUCUCCUUUUAUCUUUUCCUUUUCAAUAUGUCUUGAAAUAAUGCUAAUGACUAUACAGGCAUAGGAAUUUUUAUUUUAAGAAGAAUUUCUUAUUGUAAGUCAUCAGUUUUAUAUACCAUAUGUUGAAAUAAAAAGUGUAUCAUGUCA